AUGGCUGUGGGACGGAAGUUCGGCUUAACACCAGGGAUACGGAAGCUAUUCCGACCAGGCAUUCUAUGGCUCACGUCGAAUGCACUGAAGUAUUGGCUCUCAAGCUAUGUGGAAUUCCAUCGGAUCCUACGACCGAAGAAGCACCUCGAAAAUUAUCACGGACAAAUAAACACUCGGGUGUUUCUCGUACCACUUCGCCAUUUUGCACGGCAUAAUUAUGCCGGCUCUGGAUUAUCCGAGAUGCAGGCUGCUGUAUUCCUGGCAAGGAACGAAAGCUUCGAGAACAUGGGUCAUCUUUUCUUCAGCGGAAUGAAAGAAAUGCCUCACCGGAAGAGAAUCGAAGGUCCCAUCCGCGGAAACGCCUGUGAAAAGUGUCUUGCUAGGUCGAGGGGAGCACUCAUCUCGCCUCGAGGUCUCACCAACUCUGCAAACAAGUCCCUUGUCCGUCUUGAUCGUGAAGUUUUGCAGCCUGAAAAUAAAAACACAACAAACUUUUAG